AUGCCUUCCCUUCGUCGUUCUUUCUCGUCCUUGUCAGUUCGUUCGAACCCAUACCCGACUUCACUAUUAAAUGGUAGUGCAAGUAACGCUCGUACGCGUGUUGCUGGUCAUGGCUCUCGUCGUUCUUCCGACUCGGAAUUGACCGAACGUAGGGUCCUUGCGGACAUUGAGUGGUGGCGGGUUUCUGAUGGGCAGCGUGACCUUGAUGUAGCCCAGGACCAGGCUGAACGAGAUCAGGAUGUACAAGACGGCGUAUAUGUCUCCGCGGGCGGCGCCAUUACUCUGUCGGGCUUCUCGGAUAGUCCACAGACGCCCCCGCUGAUGUUACACGACCUUCCCCCCAUAGACUUCGCCCAGUCUAUCCCUAUGAGUCAAUUUGCCGCACUCUCUAUAGCCCCUCACUCUCCUACCGGCAGGAGACACGGUCGCGACUCCUCGGUUUCAUCCCUCGAGUCCACUCCUGAGAUCCCCGAAGCUCCUCUGGAGAGCAUCCGCUUCAGUAUGAUUGAUGCAGAUGCUGGCUCUCAUGACCUCGAACUUCCUUCCGAAUUGCGCUACCUCCUAUAG